AUGGUUAUCACAGACCGAUUAACCAAAGGUGUGAUACUAGAAGGAAUGUCAGAAACUGACUCUGAGAGUGUGGCCUGGGCACUCGUACGAGUACUUAUAAGCAAACACGGGAUCCCGAAGGCUAUCACCUCGGACAGGGGAAGCCAGUUUACAAGUGAUACAUGGGCCCGCAUAUGUACCCUGACAGGGAUCAACCGCCGGCUAUCUACAGCCUAUCAUCCUCAGACUGAUGGAUCAACAGAGAGAAUGAACAGCACAGUGGAAACCUACCUCCGCAUGUAUACCUGCUAUGACCAGAAGGACUGGAACAGGCUACUUCCACUUGCAGAGCUGGCAAUUAAUGGCCGUACAUCAACAGCAACAGGGGUCAGCCCCUUCUAUCUAAGCCAUGGCUACAACCUCAGCCCAUUUACCCCUACCGAGGAGGUAGAGCAUCUAGCUGAAGAACCAACCAAGAGUCCUAUCCAGAAAGGGGAAGCCAUCGUACGGAAAGUUAAGGAAGCCCUAGACUGGGCUCAAGCCUCCAUGGCCUAUUCCCAACAGAAUACAGAGAAUCAGGCUAAUAAACACAGGAGCCCGGCCACAAACUACCAAGUGGGAGAUAAGGUCUGGCUAAGUCUGAAGAACAUCCGUACGGACCGACCCAGGAUCCAUCCAGUCUUCCAUGUGGACCUGCUUCGGCUGGCUUCAUCAGAUCCACUUCCUUCCCAGAAGAAUGAUGAUAGCCAGCCCCCUAGCAUCAUGGUGAACGGUGAGGAAGAAUACAUGGUAGAGAAAAUCCUGGACGAACGUCGCAGGAGAUACGGGAGAGACUUCAGGACGGCUCACUAA